AUGUGUGAAGAAAGAAUGGCCUCAGGAAAUGAGUCUUCAGUGACCCAGUUUAUCCUGCUGGGAUUAACUCAACAGCCAGAACUGCAGCUGCCUCUCUUCUUUCUUUUCUUAGGAAUCUAUGUGGUUGCUAUGGUGGGGAACCUGGGCUUGAUUGUUCUCAUUUUUGUGAAUCCUCACCUACACACUCCCAUGUACCACUUCCUCUUCAGCCUGUCCUUUGUUGAUCUCUGCUACUCCUGUGUCAUAACCCCCAGAAUGCUGGUGAGUUUUGUGAAACAGAACACCAUCUCUUAUGCUGAGUGCAUAACUCAGCUCUUUUUCUUCUGCUUCGUUGCUAUUGAUGAGUGUUAUGUCUUAACAUCGAUGGCCUAUGAUAGAUAUGUGGCCAUUUGCAAGCCCCUGCUGUACAAGGUCAUCAUGUCUCCUCAGAUCUGCCUCAUGCUGACAGUGUGUACAUAUACAAUGGGAAUCGCAGGUGCUAUGGCCCACACUGGAUGCAUACUGAGACUCACCUUCUGUGAUGGCAACGUCAUCAAUCACUUCAUGUGUGAAACACCUCCUCUCCUCCAACUCUCUUGCACAAGCACCUACAUCAGUGAGCUGGUGGUUUUCAUUGCGUUGCUCAUCAACACAGCAGUGCCCAGUCUCACUCUCUUUGUUUCUUAUACCAGGAUCCUCUCCAGCAUCCUGCACAUCCAUUCAGCCCAUGCCAGGUCGAAAGCUUUGAGAACCUGCAGCUCCCACAUAAUCACUGUUUGUCUUUUCUUUGGAUCUGCAUCUUUUAUAUAUUUUAAGCCUUCUCCUGCUGGGUCUCUGGCUCAAGAUAAAGUAUCCACUAUUUUUUACACCAUUGUGGGGCCAAUGGUGAAUCCUUUCAUCUAUAGCUUGAGGAACAAAGAUGUUCAUGUUGCACUGAGUAAGACUUUGCAGAAGAAAAAGUUCUUUUCCUAA